CUGAGAUUAUCAACGGACGCUGAGGGUCAGUGUAGCACAGACACCAUGGCAGAAACUUCAGAAAAAGUGCCCAUAGCUUUGGCAGGGCCAGCUGACGUGGAGCAAUGCCUGCCGCCUGCUUACACCGUGGCCGUCAAACCCUCGAGCAGCGGCCGCCUGUUGAAGAUCGGCGCCGUGAUUCUCAUCAGCGGCUCUGCCCUCCUGGUCCUCGGAGCGAUUGGAGCUUUUUACUUCUGGAAGGUCAAUGACAAAAAUGUGUACAAUAUGCAUUAUAGCAUGAGCAUCAAUGGAAAGGUAAAGGAUGCAUCACUGGAGAUUGACACUGAAAACAACCUUGAGACUUUCAGAACUGGAAGUGGUAAUGAAGAGGCAGUGGAAAUUCAUGAUUUUCAAACUGGAAUCACAGGAAUUCGCUUUGCUGGAGGAGAGAAGUGCUACAUCAAAGCGCAAGCUAAAGCACAUCUGCCGGAUAUCGAGAGUCUGAAAACAGAAGCAGUUUCAUUUGAGCUUGAAGAUGAAAUCAUGCCAGCAAAGUUUGAAGAAGAGUCUCUUAUCUGGAUGGCUGCAGACCAACCAAUCGAAGACCAUGCCUUCCUGAGCCCUAAGGUUUUGGAACUGUGCGGUGACCUCCCUAUUUACUGGCUUCGUCCAACUUACACCAAAGAUGGUCAAAGGAGGAGAAGAUCAGUGGACCAUGAGAAGCCUCUGAUACCCGACCCUUACUACUAUGAGUUUGAGUUUAACCCUGGUGCAGUGGAUGAUUUUGGCCAAAUUGUGGGAGUUCCUGCUGAGGUUGAUGUUGAAACAACUGAGGUACAAGCUCAAGAUGCAAGGGCAAAUGAUACCAUUCCAGAAGAAGGGGGACCAUCUACCUUCAAUGCAGAAAACCCUUAUCAUAGGAUCUUAGACGGCGAGGGUGCUACCAUGACCUUUGACCCCAUGCUGGAUCACCAGGGGAUAUGCUGUGCUGAGUGCAGGCGCAGUUAUUCACACUGCCAACGUAUAUGUGAACCCCUGGGUGGCUACAUACCCUGGCCUUAUAACUACCAAGGGUGCCGAGUUGCUUGUAGGCUGAUUAUGCCCUGUUCCUGGUGGGUAGGGCGUAUUCUUGGUGUAUUGUAAGCUGCUAGGAAGUCACAUGUUUUAAAUAAAAUGCAGCCCCAUGGUAAAUAAAUAUUGGCCAUAACUUAAUUAACGGCCAUUUUUGGAAAGAAUGUUCAGAUUGUCGUAUAAUUCAAAGUGCCUUUAUAAUCUUAUCUGUUAAAACUAAUCAGUCUGUGCUCCAAACCGACCAAACUGUGUAAAGCCACGCCAAAUUAUGCAAGACAAAUUGCAUAAGAUGACCUUGUUUAUUUAGAAAACUUGUGCAUAGCUUCG